GCCCGCGCCACAGAAAAUUUCUCCCUUCAGGCCUUUCGUCUGCCCCCUCCCCCGUCCUGGUCCUCGCUCUCCCUCGCCCAAAUUUUUGGCUUUCUGGCUCAGGCUCUGACUCUGGCUCUGACACCGACUCUCUGGCCUCUUCCAGUGUUGUGUUGUCGUCCACACGGUCCUGUCCACGUCCACAUCCACGUCCGCGUCCCCCCUCCCCCCAUCCCUAAAUCCGCCCAGGUCUCUUCCAUGUCCGCCUUCUCUUCCUCGCACACCACCCUUCACACCUCGCAUGUUUGCUCUCCCUCCCCCUUCUUUUUUGUGCACACCUCCCAGAACCCACACACACUCCACGCCUCUCCCUCCCCCCAAUCCCAUUAUCGACACCCCCAGACCACAUUCAAGGGUUCGUUUGUUGCAUCCUUUUGAGCAUCUCUGGGAUUCGCCUCACGAUAGCGGAGGCUCAACGACAUCGAGGGAACGACUUCGACGUCGACGUCGACGCCCACGCUCACGCCCUGCGCUGAGCUCCUCCCGAACCGCCUCUAUCCAGGUUUUUCGCGGUCCUCGCCCUCGCCGCCAAGCGUUCUCGUCCUCGUACGUAAACGUCCGACCUCAACACUCGCGCACCAACAACAUCAACAACAUCAGCAGCAUCAACAGCACCAGCAGCAGCAGCACCAGCAGCAACAACAGCAGCAGCAGCACCAGCAGCAGCACCAGCAGCAGCAUCAACAGCAGCACCAACAACAGCACCAGCAGCAGCACCAGCAGCACCAACAGCAGCAGAGCCUGA